GCCCAUGAGAAGCCUUCUUGAACUGCUUCGGUUGAUUGAUUGCCAGCAACAGUGACAGAACAGUGAAGUAGUCUCAAGUCAGGUUAGUGCAUAGUUUGGAAGGAAAUUUGCAGAGAUGAUGUUCCCAUGUAUCUGAUGCUCUUGUCCUUUCAAUGAUAAAGGUUGCAGGUUUAGAAGGUGCUGUCGGAAGGGUUGUGAAUUGUUGCUAUGCUAUGGGGAGGUGGUUAUGUGGAAUGGGGCAGGGAGGCUUUCAAAGAGGAGGACAGUGAAAUUCAGGGGAGGGGGCAUGGAGAGCAAGAGUCAGGUCAUGUGUGAGGGGGAGUAGAGUUGAUCCUGGGAUGUUUGUGAUAUAGAGGCAAGGUAUGGGUAGGGAGUGAGAUGGUAUAGGUAGGAUCAUAGUUGGGUAGGUCUCUCCUCCUCCCUUGCCUGGUGACCAGGAUUUGAGACCUGGCCACUCCACAUUUUUGCUUCUUAACCAGACAGCAAGUUUGUUGUGCUGGCUAGAAGUUUUGAAAUGUCAUUUUUAAUAAUUAUUCAUGGAAAUGAUCAAUUUAAUGGAUUGGAAUUGUUUCUCCCCAGCCUCCAACCACUUCCCACCCCCUGAAAUACAGAUUCACAUUCAUGGCAAACCUUCAAACCUUGCCUUUCUAAAGUUUGCAUACACCUUCCAACUAAGUGAAAAAUUGUAAUAAGGCCCACCUAGCGAGGAGGCUGCAUCACUAAACAGCCACCUGGUGGAAAAAAACCAUUCGAGUGUGAGAUGUGUGACCAGGGUUUCAUGCAGUCAUCGAUGCUCACGAAACACCGAAAUAUCCAUAGUCGGGAGAAGCCAUUCACUUGUGGAGUGUGCAAUAAAUCAUUCUCUCGGUCAUCGCACCUUCGCAAUCACCGAUAUGUUCAUACAGGAGAGAAACCAUUUAAAUGUGAAGUUUGUGAUAAAGCUUUUGCAACAUCUACGACCCUCCUGACUCAUCAACGCAUUCACACAGGGGAGAAACCCUUCAGCUGUCAGGUUUGUGACAAAUCUUUCAUUCACUCUUCUGAUCUGCAGAUACACCAAAGGAUCCACACAGGGGAGAAACCUUACAGGUGUGACAUAUGUGACCAAGCCUUCGCACACUCGUUGACUCUUGUGACUCACCGGCGCAUUCACACUGGGGAGAAACCAUUCAAGUGCAAGUCGUGUGAAAAAUCAUUCUCACAGUCAUCACACCUCCGCUUGCACCUACGCAUUCACACUGGGGAGAAACCAUUCGCAUGUGAAGUUUGUGACAAAUCAUUCUCGCAAUCAUCGCACCUCCGCAUCCACCAACGCAUCCAUACAGGAGAGAAACCAUUCAUAUGCAAAGUGUGUCACAAAUCAUUCUCGCAAUUAUCGAACUUCCGACUCCACCAGUUCAUUCACACAGGGGAGAAACCAUUCAGGUGUGAAGUGUGUGACAAGUCAUUCACCGACUCAUCAACUCUCCGUGUACACCGUCGCACUCACACAGGGGAGAAACCAUUCACAUGUGAAGUGUGUGACAAAUCAUUCUCAAACUCAUCGACCCUUCGUGUGCAUCGACGUGUUCAUACAGGGGCCAAACCAUUUAUGUGUGUCGUGUGCAAGAAAUCAUUCUCACAGUCGUCACACCUUAGGAGACACCAACGUUUACAUACAGGGGAGAAACCAUUCAGACGUGAGAUUUCUAAUUAGGCUUUUACUGACUCCUAUGCUUUUGUGAGACACUAGAGGAUUGAUGAUGGGAGAAGUCCUUUGAAUGAGAGGUAUAUGAUUAUUCACAUGAUUAUUGAGGCUGGAAGUCCUUCACUGGAGUGUUAGUCCACACUGGAGAUAAGGUCUUUAAGGUGUGAUAUUUAAACAAACCUUUGGGACAUCAUUGAACCUCCUGAUAUAGCAGACGAUUCACACUUUGAAGAACAGGAUGUGAGAAAUGUUACAAAUUUUUCUUGCAUUUAACAAACCUCUGCGCACACCAACACAUUCACCCAGGGGAGAAACUAAUCAACUGAGGUGUGAGACACAGCCUAGAUAGAUUUAAACAGCCGUCUGCAGUACCAGGGGAGAGGCCCAUCCAUCGUGUAUGAGGUUUGCAAUAAAACUUCUGUGACAGUUUCUUCCUGUGUAGACACCUAUUUUCUGUGUGUGGUAUGUUUAAACAGAAACGGAGGGCGACCAGGUGUGCGUUGGCUACAUGGCCCUGCACUUUAUGUGCAAUAGUGCUCUUGAUAAACCAGAAGAUGCAAAAGAUUGGAAUCAAGCAGCAUUAUCCCAGAGUCGUCAUAGAUGUGAAUACGCUCAACUGAACCCUUCAAAGUUCCCAACUUACCUGACUGACAAAUGCAGGUUCAAAGAACUCAUCAGAUUUCUAUCCAAAAGAAGAAAACAGCUAUUCAUUGCAAAUCAAUUUUUUUUUAACUGAAGGCAGAAAAGAAACAUGAAUGACUAAAUACACCUCCCUAUAACUUCAAUUUUACCCCUUUGCAAAAUUCCCAUAGACACACAAACAGGUGCACAAAGUGCUAAGAUAAAAUACAAAUAAUAAAGAUGGGAGACACAAAAUGUCACUGAAACACAGUUCUGGCACCAAUUUGGAUUACAGGCACUCAUUCGAUAUUUUCUUUUGACUCUUCGAUGAUGACAUGAGGUUGUGGACACACAGAUUGUCACUGCCCCUUUUCCUUUCACAAAGGGAAUUUGCAAUGUCCUUUUACCUCUGCACUCACAGAACAGAGGCCAAGAAAGAUAUUUUUUUCCUCCACAGACUAAAUGUUCCAGCUGUACUCUCCAAACACAAAGCUAUACCCACUGGCCAGGAGCUCGUCAACAAAUUGUUACUGUGCUGAGUACUGCUGAUCACACACAACUAAUCUUUGUUCAAAGAACUGAUUAAAAGUCUGUCACAGGGACUCAAACCUACACAGCAAGUUGUCUAUCACUGCUGGACAAGGGCCACAUUGUGGAUAAACAUUUUUAUGUUCAAAAUUGCAACAAUCUAUUGUUUUAAUGUAUCUUUUUUUACUAUGUUUAACUCUACCAUCCAAAAAAAACCAGAAGUAUUCCUUGUAAUGUUGAACAGGGUUGAGAUGAGCAUUGGCCACGCACUUCUCCCUUGCACAAGAUAUACUCAAAAUUGUCUGUUGUGAAGGAAUGUUUUAAUAACUGUCCUGAUACAGGUUGGAAGCACGCUUUAAGUGCAGGUAUGUGACAAUGUGAAACAUGGUAAAGUCCUUGGUAUGAGCUGGAAUGGACAUCGUAAGGGAUUGUCUUCAAUGUACUGCUGAUAGACCAUUCUGUUUUCAUUCACUGAGGAAAGUUUGAUUGUUUAGAUACAGUUCUGACAUGAAUAAAUCUUGUGGAAUAACCCACUCUUCCCAGGAAAUCUUCAUCCCUCCCUGCUGCUAAUCUCCUCGAGCCCUCAGUCCUAUACUGGAGUGUUAAACUGCAGUUGUUGUGCUCAAGUCCUGGAGUAGGACUUGAACCCCCAACCCUCCAUCGCAGAGAGCAAAGCUAUGGGUCAAAUCCCCAACUCUAGAUGAAUUCUUCCAUGAACGUGGAUUAAAGUUGUUGUCGGGCCAGGAAUUGAAUGCCUGAGGCUGUAGAGUCGCAGUACGACCCCACCCCAGUUUAAUGAGAAACAAUCAUAUCAUCAAUUGAGUCAAGAAAUUAUCUUGUAGAUGAUAACAUUUUGCAUUGAUCACGAAGCCAAUCAGAUCACUCUUUAAUAAAACUAUUUCAAUUGGUCACAAAA